CGGGCCAACGUGUACGACUUCUUCAUCAUCCGGAUGACGAGCCUGUGGUACAGGGUCGUCCUCGAGCGAGUGCCGGGCGGCGCGCGCCUGCUCGACGUGGGCGUCGGCACAGCCACGGCGCUGGUCAAAAGCAAGGAGAUCCUCGAGCGGAAGAACAUCACUGUGGUCGGGAUCGACUACGACAAGGCCUACAUCGACAAGGCGGCGACUGUGGUGGGCGAUGCGGGCCUCGGCAAGCGGAUUUUGCUGAACUGCACGUCCAUCCAGAACCCAAAGCUCCGCGCGGUCUUCACCGGCACGGCCAAGUUCGACGCCGCCUACUUUUCCGGCUCGCUCACGCUCAUGCCCGACCCCGUGGCGGCACUCAAGUGCACCGCCGGCAUGCUCACCGACAACGGCGUGAUCUACGUCACGCAGACCUUCCAGAACCGCCCCUCGCCCAUCAUGGAGCGCAUCAAGCCGCUGCUGCGUCGCUUCACCUCCAUCGACUUUGGCCGCGUCACCUACUACAGCGACGUCCACAACAUCGUCCAAAAGGCCGGCCUGGCCGUCAUC